ACUCGAAAUAAGUUUUGGGGGGCAGAGUUUCCUUUCAGAUGAAGGCUGGCUGGCUUCUUAAUGAUAUUCCCAGCUUUCUUGCUUCCUCCUCUCCCACCGCACCUCAUCCUCUACCCCACUGCCCAGGGUGGCAUUUUCUCCAGCCUUCAAGUUUCCAUGAAGAUGAACUAGAAGGUGUUAGAAACCGAAGCUGUUGUACAUGACCAGAAUUACAUUUAAGCAAUGAGUGAACCAGAGCUGUUGUUGGAUUCUAAUAUUCGACUAUGGGUGGUGCUUCCGAUAGUCUUUAUAACCUUCUUUGUUGGGAUGAUUCGCCACUAUGUGUCCAUCCUGCUCCAGAGUGACAAAAAGCUUACUCAGGAGCAAGUGUCUGACAGUCAAGUUCUAAUUCGAAGUAGAGUCCUCAGAGAAAAUGGAAAAUACAUUCCAAAGCAGUCAUUUCUGAUGCGCAAGUAUUACUUCAAUAAUCCUGAUGAUGGGUUCUUCAAGAAAACUAAAAGGAAGGUAGUGCCACCUUCACCCAUGACAGAUCCUACCAUGCUGACGGAUAUGAUGAAAGGAAAUGUAACAAAUGUGCUGCCUAUGAUACUUAUUGGUGGCUGGAUCAACAUGACCUUCUCAGGUUUUGUCACAACAAAAGUCCCUUUCCCGCUGACAUUACGCUUUAAGCCAAUGCUACAACAGGGCAUCGAGUUGCUUACUUUGGACGCAUCCUGGGUGAGCUCCGCUUCUUGGUAUUUUUUAAAUGUCUUUGGACUGCGGAGCAUUUACACACUGAUUCUUGGACAAGACAAUGCUGCAGACCAGUCCAGAGUAAUGCAGGAGCAGAUGACAGGAGCAGCCAUGGCCAUGCCUGCAGAUACUAAUAAAGCAUUCAAGACAGAAUGGGAGGCUCUAGAACUGACUGACCAUCAGUGGGCACUAGAAGAUGUUGAAGAAGAACUCAUGGCUAAAGACCUCCGUUUUGAAGGCAUGUUUAAGGAAGAGCUGCAGACAUCCAUGUUCUGAGUUUCUUCAUGUGAUUGGCAUUAAAUUAUGUUUAAUAUCUACCUUGUAUUUUUCUUGAUGGCCAGAAUAAACAGAUCAAAAUUUCUGUGAGCUGUGUAGCUGCA